AGCCAGAGUUUAGUGAUACAAGCACAGAGGAAGAUGAAGGGGCUUCAGUGAAGACCCAAAAGGAUGGCCAAGGAGCCGAAAUGGCUGAUAUCACUUUGCCUCAACCAUCAAACACACAAGAUGAUAUUCCAGAUGAAAGUGAAGCCAACUCACAGGAGGCUGCAUGUAAGGAAAGGGUGCAUGUUGAGAUGGGUCAGCCUGCAAAAGAGACAAAUACACAGGAACCGCAUUUACACACAGAAGAAGUAGUCCAAGAAAUAGAUGAGACUAAGGAAGGAGUGGAAAGUUUAGACAUGGAGGAAAAGCAGACGGAAGAACAAAGUGAGAGUACAAAUGAGGUUGAACAACCAGAUAAAAGAGAGGAAGUGAAAACUGAAACUGAGGAGGCACAGGAGAAAGUUAUGGAUGGGGACAAUACAAUUCCAGAGGUACAAGAUUCAUUAGUACAAGAACCAGAGACACAUGCUGAAACGCUGGAUACUGAAAAUACAGACACUGAGGUUCCAGAGAUGGAGGGAGAGGGUUCGGCAUCUCAGACAGAGAAUGGUACAGAAACAGGUGCAGGUGACACUGAGAGGCAGCGAGACGCUGAUGACGCAGAUCAGAACAUAGAGAGGAGGAGCGAUGGACAGACUGACAGAGAUGAAAGAGAAGACCUAGCAGAUGAGGCUGGGGAUGAUAGGUCAACUGGGGAAUUGGUACAGGAGACAGAUGGCAAGGUGGAUGAUGGGGGCUCUGUUGGUAAGGUGGAAGAUGGAGAAAAAUCUAGUGAAGAUAAGGCAGAGGAGGAAGCUACAGAAAAGCUAGAGGUUGAGGAUAGAAUUGAAAAUCGGGGAACAGAAGAGGCAGUGAAACUUGGGGAAGAAGAGACCCAAGGUAGUGAGAAAGAAAAUGAGGGUGGCCAUGAUUUAAAUGCAGAAGAUAAAGAAAAUGAGGACAGUACAGAAAAAGGUGAAGAUGGUGUGAAUGAUGAACAUAAAGAAGGUGAAGCUGAAGAACUGUCUAUUGAGGCUGGGAAUAGACAAAAUGAGUCAGAGGGUGGUCAAGAUGUGAGGACACAGGGUAAUGAAAUAGAGGAUGAUAGCCUGAAUGAUGAACAGAAUGAACCAGAAAAUGGAGAACAGGUUAGAAAUAUAAUUAGUGUUGAGGCAGAGGAAGAAGGGCAAGAAAAACCAAACAGUGAGGAUGAUAUUGGAGGAGAAACCAAAAAAGUGAAAGAUGAAACAAUGGAAGAUGUGGUUCAGAAAGAGGAAGAAGAAGCAGAGGUGGAGGAAAAGAAGAUAGAUGAGAUGGCAGAGGGAACAGAUGGAAAUUGUGUAGAGAAUGAGUUAGAAACAGGUGAAAAGUUGGUAGAAGAUCCAGAGAAAGAGGUGACAGAUAUGAACAAAAUUAGUGAGAAUACAUUAGAUACAGGGAAUGGAAAAGAAGAGGCAUCUUCUGAUGAAAAUACAGCCCAAAAACUAGAAGUCAACCUUGAGGACCAAAAUGAGGAAUCUGUUUCAAAGGAAGAACAAAAUGAAAUUGGUUCAAGGGGGGCACCCAAUGAUGACACAGUGGCCAGUACCAAGGAAGAAGUAGAUGAACCUACUGGGGUGAAUAAUGACCUGCUGGAUAGUAACAUAGAUGCUGAAAAUGGAGAAAGACAAGAUGUCAGUCUUGAGGAGGCUGAGAAGGUAGAAGAAUAUCUCCAAGAGGAAUUGCAAGACAAAUCAGAGAGUGAGACAACUGGUGAUAGGGCUCAAGAUGUUUUAGAUGAUUAUGAAAAGCCAGAAACUGAUAAAGAUAUGAAAGAAGAAAAAGAUGUUGAUAACGAGCAAGAGACUGAAAACAAGUCAGAUGCUGAACUUGUUCCGUCAGAAAGAGAGUCUCAAUUGGGCGAUGAACAUGAGGACCAGGCCAGUGACAAUCAAAAAGCAGACAAACAGGAUGACAAAGAAGAGGGUGAUAAAGAAUCGGAAACAUCUGCAACAACAUUCAUAGAAAAUGUAACCUCUCAGAUAACCCAGGAGAUGGUCAAUAAGGAUACAGAAAAUGACAUUGUCUUGGCAGAUGCCACAGCAGAAGAACCAAAUGAGUCAGAACUGAAAGCUACUGACACUGAACUGAGAAGUAGAGAUGCUCCUGAAGUAAUGGAUGUAGAUCCAGUGGAACCUCUGGAGAAGAAAGGGAAUUCUGUAAAUAAUGAUGGUGGCUCAUCUGUUUCCCAUUCACUGGAAUCACAGCCUGUGGAGAAAGUCAAAAAAGGGGUCAAAGGUCCAGUUCUGAGCAUCGAUUCAGAGGAUCUUGCCAUUCAUUCAGCAGCUUUAACUAAAGCAGUUGGGGUGGAUCUAGUAAGUAACUGGAUUAACAUACACCAGGAAUCAAGGUAUUUUCAGACAUUCAUCGAGCCCCAUGAUGAAGAGGGUCUCAUCUUGGAAGAAACCGAUGAGAGGCUAAAUGGUGAAGUAUUAAAUGCUACAGAUAUACCAACAAGUACUGAUAUUGAGGGCCUUGAUGAAACACUCAAGAAUAGAGACGAAACUGCAACUCCUGUAAGGAAAAUUCUCAAUGAGAACACAGAGUCUGUGGCUGAAAGCUUGAAAACAGAGACUAAAGUUGAGGCCAUAGAAGCAGAUGCUCACAGUAAUCACUCUAAAGACAGCAUACAUACCUCAACAAAAGAUGAAAGAGUCCAGGAGGCUGGAGAUACUAGAGGUUCUUUGGUCACUACUUGGUCAAGACAGAGUAAUGAUGAACACACCAAUCAAAAAGACACUGCUGGACAGGAAACUUCAGUGUCAGAUGAUGUCAUAAACCUAGAGACAACAGCAACAUCUGAAGACAUUAAAGACCGAGCACCAUCUGAAACUGAACAACAGGAUGUAUCUACAAAUGUCGACCUGAAUGCAAAAGAGUCAGAAAGAAGUAAUCAACAAAAUAUGACUGGUGAAACCACACAUUUAUCCCAAACAGAGGAAGCAAGUAACAAAGAGACCCUGGAGAGUUCAGAACACAAUUUGCAACCUGAACAUGUAUCUCAGACGGAGUGUAUCGAGCCUCAGAGUCCGACAAUCGCAGUAGUUACAGACCUCACAAUCAUCAAUAAAUCGGAAAACAGGAGCCAAGACGACACUGCAAGUGUAGACGUCCAUUCUAGACAGUCAGAUGGAAGCAGGAACGUGGACGGAAACAGGAGAACGAAAGUAAUUGAUGGUCAUUUCAAACAGACUCUCACCAGUAGAGACACUUUAAGCACUUUCUCAUUGGAUGACUCAAGGUUUUUUGGGCCCACAGGAUAUCCCAGAUUAACAACUGCUCACACGGAGAACAGUUAUUAG